GGCGUUUAUCAGGGGCUGAGUGAGUGAGAGUAAACCGUUUAUAUGUUGUUUCAAAACUACCUUUCUUUAAUGUUGUUACACUUGGAGAAUUCAGUUAAUACUACUGUAAUACAGAGAAGUUCUGGCGCUCAGGGUCUGAGGAACUAGAUGAAUUUAUCUUGUGUUGUAAUUCCUUUAAAGAGAUUACGUUUUAGACCUUCGUUAUCUACGUAAACGAAGAGCAAUGUUGUGGUUGAGGAUUCUUAAGCCUAAACUUGGGAUGGUGAGUUUUGGUUCUUCGUCAUUAUCGUCUCACUAGGGGGCUUCCUGUCCAGUAGGAGAGGUUUCCACCCUUCUUACCCCUAACAUGGAACUGGUUUUGACUCAUUUCAGUAAUAACGAGGCCUUAUUUCAUCCUGAAGAGAGUUACAUCCUUAGUUAGGUGUAAAUAUCAUGCGCUUCAAACUGACACUCAUACAGAGUGUCUUCAAUAAAGACGUUGUUAAGUUUCUGAAAUUAUUCAAUCUCAUAUCAGUUGUUGUUAGUUAACUAAAUUUCAAUUAACUGUAUUGGCUAAGGAAAUAGUAUACCUUAGCAUCAUGGGAAACGAGUUAAGUCAAGGAGAAGGAGGGGGUCAAGCUGGUCAGAUUAUUGCUGGACCACCCAAAGAACAAAGGCGUAUGGAAAAGGAGUUUGGUGCAAUGGGAGGACAAUAUACACUCCCCACUCAAGCAAACAGAACUGGCUCGUCGGAGACUAUACCUAACCAAGUAAAAAUGACGAGAACAUUUGCGGUUGCGACCUCGUCCAUACCGGAAGUUGACCUUAGUGACCUUUCUAAAGAGGAACAAGCUAAAAUAUUGUCGGUGAUGGCGAAGGCAGAACACAUGAAGAAUGAUUUAGAAACACACAUCCAGAAAGUCCAGCACCCUCGACAAGAAACAGUUCCUUCGACUAGCUUAGCGCCACCUCACUGUCACCAGCAGAAGCAACACCUGUGUCCGCAGUGUCACGUGACUGUACUGACAGCUGAAACUAAAUCCAGGUGUUCGGACUGCAAAAGAGCCGCCUGUCGGAAGUGUGGAACAUCAUUAGCAGAAGGAGAUGGAAGAAGGUUUCUGACGCUUUUACUGCAAAUCAGACAUUAUAAAGCUUUUGAUCGAAUCAGCACUAAGGAAACAAACCUAGCAACUGUUGACCGAAAACUGUAUUAA